CCGCCGAGUCAGUCGACGGCCAACCUCAGCGCUGCGAGCGGACCGCGCCGCACAGCUGCGCACCGGCCCCACCGCGUGCUUCACGCCUCGGCGUCUCGGCACACGCGCAGUCAGCGCUCCACGCUCCAGUGCAGUUCGUCGGAUGUCAGUGCAGUGCGCGAGCUGUGCGCGCUCCGGCCGCCGCUGAGCCCGACUCGUCGCGGCCGCCGCUCGAUGGCCCACGUUCGGAGACAUGCCUAGCAGCUCCAGCCGCAAGUCCAACACCGAGUUCUACGGCGCGGACUUCGACGUCGAGUCGCGGCUGUAGCCAGGAGCGGCGCAGCCAGAGGCCGCGGAGAUGACGGACGUGGCGAAGGAGGCCUUCGCCUCGCGCAACUACCGGCUGGCCGUGGAGAUGUACGAGCGCUGCCUCAAGCAGCAGAGUCCCAACCUCGAGGUGCUGUUCGGCUACGGCGACUCGCUGGCCCGCUGCGGCCGGCUGCGCGAGGCCGUCGACGUCUACUCGCGCUGCCUGGCCCUCGGCAGCGGCCCGCCCGACAAGCUGCGCCACCUCGCCAACGCGCUGCUCGAGGAGCUCGGCGUGCUCGGCGCACCCGCCGCGCGCAGCCCGCCCCCGUGGCAGUCGUUCGCCUGCCCGGCCUGCGAGGGGGCCCUGUGCCUGCCGGUCACGCUCAACUGCGGCCACACCUUCUGCCGGGCCUGCCUCGAGGACGCCGGCUGCCGGGUGUGCGGCCAGCGGGACCACCAGCAGCAGCAGCAGCAGCAGCAGCAGCAGCCGCCGCCCGAGAGCAACGUGCUGGUGCGCAGGCUCGUGGAGAAGUGGUGGCCGAGGGAGGCCGAAGCCAGUGCCGCCAGACAGGAGGCGGACGCGCUGCUCAAGAAGGGCCUGCUCAGCCAGGCCCUCGACAGAUACGACCUGGCCGUGCAACUGGCGCCGAGCAGCCCUCUCCACCUGUGCAGCCGGGCCCACGCGCUGCUGCUGCUGAACCGGCCGCAGGCCUCCCUGGCGGACGCCGACCACGCCGUGCGCAUGCGACCGGACUGGGCCAAGGGCCACUACCAGCGGGGCCUGGCUCUGUCCGCGCUAAUGAGGAGCGAGGAGGCGCUCGUGGCGCUCUGCACGAGCGCGGCCAUCGGCAGGAACCCGCAGGCCGUCCGGCACGAGCUGACGAGGGUGCUGCACCGCGUGCUGCUGAGCAACGUUCGCCGGCAGAGCGGCGCGAGCUUCCGCACGCCUUACGACCUGGCCGAGGCGCGCAUGAGGCGGAACCGGCGUCACAUACUGCUGCCGCUGAUGAGCUCGAGCCGGCGCCAGCGCCGGAACGCCUCGGUCGGCGUGGGCGCCGUCGGCGCCGGCAACGCGUUCAACACUUCCGACUGCGAAGACAACAGCAGCGGCGGCGAGGAGGACUUCUCCCAGUCCAUCUGCCGGAGGCUGCUGUGCAGCGCCGCGCCGCAGGACAACUCCAAGCUGUACGCCACGCUGGACAGGAUCUUCCAGGAGGUGGACAAGCUCAAGAGACUCGAAGCCAGGCCGGCGGAGGUGCUGCUGCCCCCGGCGAACGGCGGCACGGCGGCCAGCGACCUGGAGUGCAUCUUGUGCUGUCGGCUGCUCUGGAGGCCGGUGACGACGCCGUGCGGGCACACCUACUGCUGGGUGUGCCUGGACCGCUGCCUCGACUACUCGUCGGCCUGCCCGCUCUGCGUCACCUCGCUCGCCGACUACCUGGCGAGCAGCCAGAAGACGGUCACGGAGUUCGUGGAGCGGGCGCUCAAGUACGCGGCCCCGAAGGAGUACGCGGCUCGCGCGGCCGGCUACCGGCUCGAGCUCGUCCAGCCGGAGCUCGGCCCGGCGGGCGGCCUCGCCGGCGCCGGCGGCCCGCCCGGCGGCGAGAGCGUCGCCGUGUUCGUGUGCACGACGGCCUUCCCCCGCGUCGCCUGCCCGCUGUUCGUCUACGAGCCCAGGUACCGGUUGAUGGUGCGCCGCUGCCUGGAGAGCGGCGUGCGCCAGUUCGGCAUCGCGGCCAGCACCAGCCCGGGCGCCGUCGGGCACAAGAGGUACGCCGAGUUCGGCACCAUGCUGGAGGUGCGGGACAGGGUGCUGCUCAAGGACGGCUGCAGCAUACUGAGCAGCGUGGGCGCGCGCAGGUUCCGGGUGCUGUCGGGCGGCGAGCGGGACGGCUACGACACGGCCCGGGUGGAGCUGCUGCGCGACAGCCCGCCCGCGCCGGAGCGCGCGCUCGGCCUGGUCGAGCUGCACAACAGGGUGCGCGCCAAAAGCAGGCGCUGGUGGGCGACGGUCGCCUGGUCGCAGCGCUCCGAGAUCCGACGCGUCUUCGGCGAGAUGCCCGAGCUGGAGGACGACUGGCUGCGGCUGGUGGACGGACCCUCGUGGGCCUGGUGGCUGCUGGCCAUACUGCCGCUCAGCCCGCAGCUGCAGAUCGGCAUCCUCGGCACGACCAGUCUGGAGAAGCGGCUGCGCGCCAUCGACAAGACUCUCGAGCACAUGGAGCAGCGCCGGCAGCAGCAGCAGCAGCAGCAACAGCCGCCGCAGCAACAGCAGCAGCAGGAGCAGCAGCAGCAGCACCACCGCCACCACCACCACCACCACCACCACCACCAUCACCACCACCACCAGCACCAGUCGGCCGGGGGUUCGGCCAGCGGGGCCAGCAGCUGCGCCAGCGCCGUCGAGCGCUCCACCGAGCCGCUGCUGCGCAACUUCUAGUGAGACACAAGUCUGAGCCCGAGACCAUAGCUACGUUCGCGAUCUUCGUUUCCGUUCCCUGUCCGCCUAUCUCUCUCUCUCUCUCUCUCUCUCUCUCUCUCCCUCCCUCUACACCUCUUCUUUUCUCUUCCCAAGUGCCGGGCA